CCGAGAUCGGCUCCGCUGCAGCGCAAGGAGGAGAGAUGCGGAAUGAUGUGUAAAUCAUCAUAUUUUCACGUUUGACACCGAGACAAGUUGCUUCGGCUGGACUCAGCUCAUCUCUCCGGCUGUAAAUAAAGGAGGCUGGAGCCGUCUGAAAACAAACCGUGUUAUUUUUAAUGAGUUGAUCUGAAGACUUUUCCCUGUCCAUCUGUCUUUUAAGAGCAGCAGACAGACACAGACAGUCAUUAUGGAGUCUAUCUUAGACAGUUUAACAGAGGAGAAACUCUAUUCCUCCGGAGGAACCAACCUGUUGGACCUGGAGGAACUCAGCGACGGUGAUUUCCUCACUAACGUGCCUUUUUCAGGUGACCAAAUGGACGACUUUAGCAGUGAAUUAUUUAACAGUUUCUUCGACGACCAUCUGCUAGAGCGCCCCCUGUUGACAGAUAGACCCUCACCUCUAAAUAUCGACAUGGACAGCAACCCAGAUAUCCAAGCAGAGCACAGCUACUCUUUGAGUGAAGACUCCGCCCCCCAGAGUCCAGCCCUGUCAAUCAAAAUGGACCAAGAGUCUGAAUUUGACUGGAACUUCAGCCAGGAUCUGUCCUCCAUCCUGGUGAAACAGGAGGAGCCUGAAAUCAGCCAAAGGUUAGAUCCUCAGCCUCUUGAAAGCCCGCCACUCAUAUUAAGCCCUGCCCCUCCCCGCACAGGGUCACCGUGGAAACGCACAGAGCGCCGUCUAGAUGAUGUGAAGUCAGUAGCUAUAAAGGACGAACCCAGAGAAAAUGGACAGUAUCUCAGCCUGCCCAACGAUGAUGCUCUCCAGCUCCCGCCCACCCCACCCAGCAGUAACCAUGGCGACAGUGACGGCUCACUACCGCCGUCCUCCCCGCACCUCCCUCUCCCACCGUCCUCGCCCCAGCCACAACAGAGGCCAGGAGGUCGCGGGUCUUCCUCCUCUUCCUCGACAGCCAUCUCCUCCUCGCCUCUCCUCACGGCACCACAUAAGCUGCAGGGCUCAGGGCCCCUCAUGCUGACAGAGGAAGAGAAGAGGACCUUGGUAGCCGAGGGUUACCCUGUGCCAAACAAACUUCCCCUCACCAAGAGCGAGGAGAAAGCACUGAAGAGAGUUCGACGGAAGAUUAAAAACAAGAUUUCAGCUCAGGAGAGUCGGAGAAAGAAGAAAGAGUAUGUGGAAUGUCUGGAAAAGAAGGUGGAGAAUUACACGUCAGAAAACAGCGACCUGUGGAGAAAAGUAGAAAACCUGGAGACUGCCAACAGGUCUCUUCUACAGCAGCUGCAGAAGCUUCAGUCUCUGAUUUCAGGGAAAGUCAUCCCCCGUUCAUGUAAAAUGGCCUCAACUCAAACAGGAACGUGCCUCAUGAUGAUGGCGCUGUGUUUCGUCCUGGUGUUGGGCUCCUUCUCCCCUUGUCUCUCUCCUCUGUCUUUUUUCUCUCACUCCUCCUCUUUAUCCUCAUCAUCCUCUCACUCCCCACCUUCUUCUCUUCCUUCACCAUCAGCGGACCUCUACACGACCAGUCAGGUCCGCUCCCGCAGCCUGCUCUUCUACGAUGAACAGGCUCCCCUGGAGGAAAGUUUGGUACCGUCAGAAGGAGAGAGGCUGCAGUCAGAGAUCCACUCUCACAUUCAGACCCGUCGGCAUACAGCCGACGCCCACAGCAACCAGACAACCGGGCCCAAAUUAGACCAAAGAGAUGCCAAACCAGGCGGAGUCUCAAAGGUUUUCUGACUCUUUUAUCCUCUUCCUGCUCGAAGCGCUCCACCCGCUGGUUCCAAACCAGCGACCAUCCUCCUGUUCCCACAUCGCUCCGGCUACAAAUCAGCCCAGCUUCAA